CCUCAUCGAGGACGAGGCCGCCAUGAAGGCCAAGGUCGACGAGGCCCUCGGUGUUUAUGAGGAAUACGUCAAGAACCAGGGCGCCACCGAGGAAGAGAAGAAGCCGGAAGAGAGCAAGGCUUAGACCGCCGCACGGUCUCUCCUGGCGGCUUCUUAACCACCAAUCCUUUCCUAUGUACACAUACCCCUCUCAUUUUUUUUGCGCCCCGGCUUGCAUCGCCAUACUUUGCUGACCACAGCCUGUCAUGGUUGAUGGUCUUGAACGGGAACGGGAAAAGUUACUGGGCUUUAGGAGGCAUCGUCAAACGGGUUUGACCGUUAGUUUUUUUUUUCUAUUUCUCUUUUUUUUACUCUUCCAUUUUUUUUUUGUUUGGCAGGACAUUGUGCGUCGGUGGCGGACGGAUCGGUCUAUGGUUUACUACGUGUCCGCGCGUUUAUUUGGUAGACCUUACUGUCGUCUCAGGGAAAGGCGGGUUUUCGGCGAAACCACCCUGCCGGCAGGUGGUUGGCAUUCGACCAUGACGUGCCUUCACCCCUCCUUCAUUGUCCAUCGGUUGGGUUCCGGGAAGGCGUUUAGGGUAGUCUUUGAGAGAGCGGUAGUAGCCGGGCCUCAAGCAAAGAGGGAUGGCACCAAUACCCCAGAACGGUUUUCGUCGUUCUCGUCAGGCAGGCUGGAGGCAGGGUUCACAUGUCUUGAGGGAGAGGUGCUUAAUAGAUCAUUGAUAUGACUAUAUGUUGUCUCUCCUCAUGCGUAACGUAUUGAUUCCAAAGCUGCCUCCGAACAUGUGCCCAGUCAUCUCCAUGCGUAGUAUAAAUAUCACUACAUGCCAAUGACCCAUGAUGGCCUAUCGAAUGCAUAUACAAUUCCCGUACCUCGAGUUGCUUCGUCUCGGUGUCACGCCCCUCUAAUGCAUAUGUACACGGUGU